AUGGUCUGGAAUUUCGAUCUGGAAGGAAAGAUCUGCAGGAUUGAUAAAAGAACGCUCGUGAUCGAAGAGCAACUCACCGAGGUCUUCAACGAAUUGCAAGCGCAGCGCCACUGUCUCACUUUGGCACGCGACCAGGACACCGAUGAGCCAUUCCUUCUCAAGGUCCGCUACGACUUACACCCAAAGGACUUUGACCAUAUAACAGACCUCAAGGAACACCGGGAAAUUAUCACAGACCAAUAUCUGGGCGAAGCAGAUCUGGUGAGAACCGUCCAUGCAAUCGGCCAUGGCCCUGAGUUUAUUGCGAACGCUACACGUACCCAGCGAGAGGGCUUUCCCUAUCCGUCACUCAAAAAGCAACUUAUUCUGAUGAAGCGCGUCCCGGGCGAGUUCCUGGACGAAAUCUGGAUGGACCUGUCGGAGUCUCAGCUCAACAGUAUCAAGACACAAAUUGCACGCAUAGUUGAGCAUAUGCGAGUGAAUGGGAAGGCUUUGACGGAACACCACCCUGCUUUCCUUCAGUACGACGCAGCAGCCGAUAAAGUGUACCUGGUCGAUUUCACUUUCUGGAUUGAUAUUGACCCUGACAAUAUUCCUCCUAUCGACGAGGAAAGCAUUGAAGUGUUGGCCUUCAAUAUCUGGCAAGACCACCUACACGAGAACCCAGUCCUCUGA